CCCCGGUUGGUCCUUACUGACGUCACUUCCUUUAGUCAUCUACAGAAUCGCCUGUUUGAAGAAGUGCGGAACGGCGGGCCACGUUUUGUUAGUUUCUUUUUGUCUCAGUCUGGGUCAACGUACCGUCCCCGAGCCUGUGAUUGACUUUAUUACCCGCUCAUGUCUGGAAACCCGUCGUAGCAGAUAAACAGUCGGCAGUACCAGCUCGUGUUUUGUGACCCGCCAAAAACCCGCAGAAGUUCAGCGAGGAAGUGACCAUUUUGUGAGCUGGCUGUUUCCACCAUCGAGACAUUGAAGUUGAGAAAAUGAGUGGCGGGUUUAACUUCGGUCAGGCCACCACGGGCUUCUCUUUCGGAGCUCCGAAGCCGGCAGCCGCGGCCCCCGCCACAGGCUUCGGGAUGACCGGCUCCGUGCCUGCGGCCGCCGGAGGAGGCUUCGCGUUCGGCAGCCCCCAGGCCGCCGCCAACAACAACAACCCCGCCGGCUCGUUCAGCUUUGGCACCCCAGCAAAGAGCACCCCAGCCGGCGGAGGCUUCUCCUUUGGGACCCCCAACGCCUCAUUCGGCAUGGGCACCCCUCAAGCCGCAGCAGCACCACCACAGGGGCUGACUCUGGGCACCACAGCAGCUCCAGCCAUGGGGUCAGGGUUCCCCAUGGGCACGGGUUUGUCAGCACAGACCACCAUGGCCUCCAUGGCCUCCAUGGCCGCUCCUGCAGGAGGGGGCUUCGCCUUUGGUACACCUGCUCAAGCUCAACAACCCCAACCUGUGGUUCAACACCAACCUGCAGCACCACCAACAGCUGCAGUGACAGCCACUACAGGAGCAGGCGGCAUGUCGUUUGGAGGGUUCAGCUUUGGAGCCACCAAGGUCCAGGCCACCACGGCUGCAGCCCCGGUUGCUGCCCCCACUGUCGCCCCAGGAGGGGGCUUCAGCUUUGGCAACAGCGCUCCGUCCAACCUUACCAUGGGCAUGCAGGCCCAGCAACCACCCACUGCUGCAGUCACGGCAAGUCAGGGUGGAGGAUUUGCCUUUGGGAUUAAACCCUCAUCAACCCCAGCUCCUCUUGCUUCAACCCAGGCCACCCUAGCUCCAGGCCCGUCUCUCUUUGCUUCACCCAUCCCUACAGCUGCAGUUGCUGCUGCCGCCGCCGCCACUGCUGCUGCUGCUACUGUCACUGCAGCUGCAACAGCCACAGGCUUCACUUUGGGUGUAGCUCCAAACUUAGCAGCAAGCACUGCUCCUGCAACCACCACAGCAGCUGGUGGAGGUUUGGCUUUUAUGCUCAAACCUCUGGGGGCAGCUACCAUCACCUCCACCUCUGUCCCCAUCUCCGCCCCUGCUUCCACUGUUGCAGCUGCCACAACAGGUGCUGCGACAGCCUUUACACUGGGGCUCAAACCUUCAACAACCGGUAUCACAGCAACUUCUACGGCAACAACCAUCUCCACAACCACUGCUCCUCCAGUGAUGACCUACGCCCAGCUAGAGGGUCUCAUUAACAAGUGGAGCCUUGAGCUCGAGGACCAGGAGAGACAUUUCCUACAGCAGGCUACUCAGGUGAAUGCCUGGGACCGCAUGCUGGUGGAGAACGGAGAGAAGAUCACAUCCCUGCAUAAGGAGAUGGAGAAGGUGAAGCUGGACCAGAGGAGGCUAAACCAGGAGCUGGAUUUCAUCCUGUCCCAACAGAAAGAGCUGGAGGACUUACUCUGCCCGCUCGAGGAGUCGGUGAAGGAGCAGAGCGGAACCAUCUACAUGCAGAACGCCGACGAGGAACGUGAAAGAACGUACAAGCUCGCCGAGAACGUGGACGCACAACUGAAGAGGAUGUCGCAGGAUCUGAAGGAGAUCAUCGAGCACCUGAACACGUCCAGUGGCCCAGCAGACACCAGUGACCCGCUUCAGCAGAUCUGCAAAAUUCUCAACACCCACAUGGAUUCACUUCAGUGGAUCGAUCAGAACUCUGUUCUUCUGCAGAGAAGAGUGGAAGAAGUGUCUAAAUUGUGUGACAACCAGCGCAAGGAGCAGGAGAAAACCUUUCGUUUAACGUUUGACUGAUCUGGAAUAAAUAUGUUGACAUGUAUAUUGACAUAAUGAUUGAGUCGUUCUAAAGAGGGAAGUCUUUUUAGGGGUUUAGAUAUUUUGAAUGCAAAAAACAAAAAAAACAUUCACGAUUCCUGUUAACUUGCUUUUUUUUCUUUAAGCUGAGUCGUUUGGUUGCAUAAAGAUCUAUAUUUCCGAUGCAAUAGCUUUUAUAUAGAGUAGUGAAGCAAAUGAUCUGUUCUCAUGUAAAUGCUAUGGUUGUUCUAAAUAGUAUGAUUAAAUA